GGGAUUUCCGAGCAUCUGGGUACAGCAGAUCAUCUCUUCAACAGAAGUUUGAAAAAUCAGAGGUUUCGAAGAUAUUAACUUAUCUAAUAUUAUUCUCAGUAAGCUACCGUUCAAUCAUCUGAUAUGUUUUUUACUAUACUAUUGUUUGCCAUUGUUAUUGUGGCAUUGGUAUUAGCUUUACCAUAUUUUUCCGGUUUAACUACCAUUGAAAUAGAUAAAAAGGCAAGACAACUGCAAAAGAAGAAAGAACAACAACAACAACAAACACAACCAGUAACACAAGCUUCUUAUGGAUAUAUUCCUCCUGACGAACAGAGACGUGUUGAAGAGGAAGAAAAUAACAAGCAUUCCUUAAAGGCUAGAGCCUCAGCUUUGAAAGAUAAAAUUAAUGUAACUUCUCAAGACAUUCCAAUUAAAAUAAAGUUAAAUUCUGAGAAUGCUUCUGGAUUAAGACAAAGACAUAAAGAGAAAUUGGAUAUUGAUAAUGAUCCAAAUAAUUAUGAUUAUGAUUUAGAUGACUUGAUUAAAGAAGAAACUGAGCAAGCUAAGAUUGAACAAGAAGCUGAUUUUUAUAAAGAUCAAGACAUUGGAAAAGAAAAGGAAGAAAUGGUCUAGAUCAAUAUACAUAUAGAUAUAUCUAUAUAUGUCUCUAUCUAUAUCUCAUACAUUCAUAUUACUCCUGCUUUAUAUAUAAAAGAACUUAAUGUAUAAUUAUCAAUAUUGGGUAAAUCACACCCUUACCGCAAUACUAACCCAAUGGGAUCAUGAUGGUCGCAAAACCACAAUGUGCUUUUAGCGGUUUUUUUUAACAGCCUAAUCUUAACCUCUUCAUUAGCGCCAAAACCCUCCUGAUUUCAAAUAGAUAUAUUAAGUUCCACCAAUUUUUGCUAUAUUAAUCAAUUAUCUAUAAUGGCUUUAUGGACUAAUCAUAUUUUUGAAAUCAUACGAGUGUUUUAUCUCAC